AUCAGUCAAAUGCUUUAACGUGAAUCUGGAUCGAAGUUUGGUUUUGCAUACUUUUACCUUUUACAAGGAAACGGUAGAUCCAUUAAGGCGGUUUUUCACUUAAAACGAAAUUGAUUAAUUGAUUUAUGAAUGUCAUAAGUAGGAUUGUUUUGAUUUAUUUAUUUAUUUAAUAUUUUUGUUCAAGUGAUCUUUAAACAGUUUGCCUUUAGUUACAUGUCUGGUACAUUUUAGUAGAGGUUGCCAAAUUUCAAAUUUCACAAUUUCUUUACUUCGUUUUAUUUUAGCCACCUAAAGGGAGUUGUUUAGUAUUACAGCAUCAGGUACUAUUUAUUUUAUAAAAACAUGACACGUUUUCGGUUUUAUUCCUUCAUGUGUGAUAUUUUAGGGAUUUUUUUUGUUAAAUUUUAGUGAUGACUCUAUCGGAAGCAAUUAGAGCAAUAAUGAUGACUCGAGUGAAGAGGAUGACAAUUCUAUUUGCGAAUUCUCUGCUGAAAGUUCAAAUGAAAGUUCUGACGAGAACUUGCAAACAAUGUCAGAAGUUGGUGACUGUGAAGUGGAGAACCAUCCUUUCAAAGAUAGUUUGGACGAGAAAAUUGCGAAAUAUAAAACAGUAAAGAAAAACGACUUUGUAAAAGGAAGAAAGCACUGCAGGAUCAUGUUUCUCGGUCUUACGUAUGUAUGUGAAGAAUUAAUGAAACGCAAAGAUUAUGAUAACGUGUCAAAAACGAAAACAUUUACAGCAAACGAAGUAAAAAGAUGCGUUAGCAAAAACGAAAAAAUGAAAGAAGCGUGCAAAGGAAAAGACGCCGACUACUGGAAAUAUUUAGUUUUAAAUAUGCGUGAAAAAUACCAAAGAGCUAUGAAAAGGGAAGAAAACUGCAAAUGUCGUCAGUGGUUAAAUGAAGCAAAGGACAGGAUGAAUCACUGGAAUACUUAGUGUCGUUUUGUCAUUAUUAUGUGGCACAAACCGUGAUGCAUUGAUCAAGCGCCCCACUCGUAAAAUCGACUCCCUAAUAUACGCUUUUCCUUAAUAUGUCCAUUUGUUUAGGUUUUUGGCGCCCCACUCAAAAUAUUA